AAAAUUACUGCUCUCCGAUACAGUAUACAAUACAAAUUGUUAUCACAGUCAAGUUAUGAAUAUUAAAAAUUAAUUGACUGAAUUAUGGGACGUAUCAUGAAAAUACGAUUAAGAGAUAUGGACUUAAACAAAAAAGGAGCUGGAAAACAUGAGUUCUGACGAGGACGUUGAGGAAAGAUUGCCGAUUGUGGUGGCUGAAACUGCGGUAUAUGGUAGAAGAUGGUACGUGCUAGUCGUGUUCUGCCUUGGCAGUGUUAGUCAAGCUUUUGUUUGGAAUACCUUUGGACCGAUAGCGGAGUCGGCGGAAAUUGUUUUUAACUGGAGUGAUAUUGACAUUGGAAUGUUUGGGAAUUAUGGCAAUAUUGCUUACAUGGUAGCGGUCCUUCCUAUGUGUUAUUUUAUGGAUGUGAAAGGCCUGCGUGUAUCCUUGCUCAUGUGCAGUUUUCUAAUAAUGGCUGGUACAGUGGGUAGAUGUGUGAGCCUUGAACCAGUACCAGCUUCUUGGUUGGCUAAUAUAUGCGCAGUGCUUAACGGCGUCGGAGGUACAGUACCGUUCGCAGGAUCAGCAGCUGUUUCAUCCAUCUGGUUCCCGUCAGAUCAACGUGCCACAGCAACAGCUAUCGUGUCAUUUUGCAACUAUGUCGGAUUUGCAUUGUCUUUUAUCUUAGGACCACAUGUUGUUUCUAGUCCACAGUACAGUAACUUCAACUCCACAUCAAACACAACGAACACUUUCUGGGUCUCUGAAAAUGACAACAGUACACACAAAGAAGUAACAAACAGAUCUACACUUGAGAUUGAUAUACGGCAUUACUUAUAUAUACAGGCGAGUGUUGGGGUGUUGUUCUUUGUUUUGGUGCUGAUUUACUUUCCGGACAAACCUCCUAAGCCCCCUAGCUCCUCGGCAUCUCUUAAACGUACAGAUUAUCUGAAAGGACUUUCACAACUGGUAUGCAACGGUUCUGUUUGGUUGAUUGUACUUGCAUGUGCUGUACCAACUGGUGUUCUACAAGUUUGGCAGUCGCUCCUUGUUGUUAACCUUAAACCUCUCAGUAUAUCCCAGAACACAGCAGGGUAUAUGGGAUUCUGGCAGACAUUAUCCGGUUGCUUCGCGGGACUUGUCAUAGCCAGAUUUUCAGAUAUGUUUAUGAAGAGGAUGAAAUUAUUUCUAAUUUCGUUGUUUAUAGGGGCUGUAGCCUCCUCAGCAUGGUUCUUUGUGUUAUGGAAACAAUAUAUUCCUUUAAAUUUGAUCUCAAUGUACACUGCCUGUAUACUUAUUGGUAUAUUUAUCAAUGGUGGUAUACCUCUAUUCUUCGAGAUCGCCUGUGAGGCGAGUUACCCUGUUGCCGAGGGCGUCACCGGGGGACUACUCACACUGCUCAAUAAUAUCGUCGGCAUCUGCUUUCUCUGCGUUCUGUUGAUACCAAAUAUUGGUCGCACCUGGAUGAACGAAGCGCUGCUAGGGUCAACUGUUGUCGCAUUACCAUUGCUCAUCAUUUACCCCGAGAGGUACAGACGCACAGAUCUCGAUAUCACCAUAGACGUUAGUCCAUCAAAGGGCGAUCUUCAAACUAGUGAGAAAGAUGUGGACAUUAUUCAAGACAAUAGCUGACCAAAAUAUCAACAACGCUCAAUAAUGGUUGUCUCUGAUGAUUAAACAAUCGGACUGUUAGUGAAGUCUGAUAUAAAUCUAUGAGGCAGCUGGCGGUUUGCUUGAAUGCUACUGCCAUGAAAUAUUACUUGAAGCACAAACAUUGUAGUUACUAAUGAAUAUAUUAUGACUGAAGUAAAGAAAAAAAUGUAUUUUUGUCAAAACUCGUUUUGGUACUCAUUUCUAUUUUCACUAUAUCAUAUCGAAAAUUUUGCUUGAAUACUUUUCUUACAACCUUGGUUAAUAGAAUUCUGCUUAGGGGGCGUGAGAGGUAUUGCUCCUUACAGUGCUUCUCAUAAACAGCCACAAUCAAACCGAGUCUGUCAUUAUUGUGCUUCCAAAAGAUCUCUUUACAGAUUUUAUUAUAAAUGUAAACUUGCAGUUUGUAUUGAAUGUAUCCUAAUACCGCGCCUACCAGUACGGU